AUCACCUGUUUACGUGCGGUAAAUUAAUACUAAAUGCAAUUUCGUGCUUUCUUAAGGCUGUUGUUAAAUAAAAGCAAUUCAACGGCGCUUGGCAGACGCAAUAUGGCCUGCAGCAGGUAUGAAUACGUCAAGUCCUACGAGCAGGACGACAGAAUCUUGCCAAAUGUUUGGAUCGUAAUUCGCAUUGAUGGCAAAAAGUUUCACAAGUUUUCCAACGCGCACAGAUUUGAAAAGCCCAACGAUGAGAAUGCGCUCAAUGUAAUGAAUGCUGCUGGCAUUGCUGUGAUGCAGGAAUUCCGAGACAUUGUGCUGGGAUAUGGACAGAGUGACGAAUACUCCUUUGUGUUCCGCAAGGAUACGGCGGCAUUUAAGCGUCGAGCCUCCAAAUUGCUAACCUAUGUGACGAGCCUGUUUUCCAGCAGCUAUGUGAUGAACUGGGCCAAGUGGAUGGACCGACCUUUGAAAUACGCCCCCUGUUUCGAUGGCCGAACUGUGCUCUAUCCAUCCGAUGAGAAUCUACGGGAUUAUCUGAGCUGGCGCCAGGCGGAUGUGCAUGUGAACAAUCUCUAUAACACGGCAUUCUGGAAGCUAGUGCUGGAGUCGGGCUUAACCAAUCAGCAGGCUGAGGAGCGACUUCGUGGAACACUCUCGGCAGACAAGAAUGAGCUGCUCUUUCAACAAUUUGGGAUUAACUACAACAACCUGCCUGCCAUGUACCGCAAGGGAACCAUUUUGCUGAGGAAGCGUGUGGUGCAGUCCGAGAAUGUGCAGGAUAAGGGAAGACAGGCGAUAGUGCCCAUACACGAAGAUCUAAUAGGUACACAAUUCUGGAAGAAGCACACGGAAUUACUUGGCAAAUAUGUGCCCGGCAACUAUGUCAGUCCAUCCAAUGUGCCCAGGCUGCUGGAACAUCAGCUGACUGAGGACUUGGACGAACAACGGCGGGACAAGGCGAAUAUAAGCUGAGCUUCGAGUGACUUAUGGCAAUAGUUUAAUUACAAUUUUACAAUUACAUUAAGCGCAAAGAAAUAAACUCGUUCAACUAUUCGA